UUCGAAUUUGGACAUUCAUAUGAAAUCUGCCAGAGUUUCACCAGUAGUUGUGUUCAACACAGAGACGAUGUUGCAGUCGAAAAAGCGAGUUCAUAUUUUUAACUGUGACAACACAUACGAGCUAGAGCCCGUUGAGAAAUUGCUCGAGGAAACGAAGAAGAAAUUGUCGGAGAAAUUAAGCAUCCAUGUUGAGCCUGUAGAGAAGCAUUCAUUUAGACUUGCUCAAAUGUCUGAAAUGGUCGACAAAAUCCGAACCCAAGAGAUGGAUAUGGCCUUCUUCGUGGUUCAUGCGAAUGAAUCUCGACUCUCGAUCAACGAAGACAACGCUGGAAUUGGUUACGCCAAGAUAUACAGAGCUUUACUACAAGCGACGGGAGGAGAUGUCGUCAUCGUUAUCGGAGGAGAUGUCAAUUACGAGAGCGACGACGAAGAGAAUCGAGAGCUUAUUUCACGUUGGGCGAAGACAAAAGUUUCCUCACAAUUCAGCAUAGAGUAUCUUGAUGGAAGAAAGAGCUUCAUCUUUUCCUGGAACAAACAACAUCGAGCAAUUCACGAAGAAGCUCUGCUGCAUCACUUUGAUCCAAACAAGAAAGGACAAAAGUUCCAUCAUCAGUCGCCAUCUACAAACCAACCAUCAAUACCAGAACUUCCAUCUCAAGCAAAAUCUCCCGAAUUGAAAAAUCCGCAGAAACCCAAAAGUCCUCCUCGUAAUGAUGAAGCCACUCCUGAAUUGACAACGGUUGAAGAAAGGCAGACUGAUUCACACCGUGGUGGCGACUGUAGCUCUGAGCGCAGCAGAGACAGGGAGUUGUCGGAUCCUUCUUUCAGUAAUCAGAGAGAUGCACAAGGAGAUCUAGAUUAUUCACAAAGGAAUUUUCCAGAAGAAAAAAGUAUCCAUUUUGAAAAUACCCAACAGCUGGUGUGGGCGACACAAUUCUCAGUUAAAUCUCCUCCCGUUGUUUUACUGAGAGGUUUCGCUCGUUAUGGAAAGGUACCUGAUCAGAUAGGCGACCUUCAAAUAUGGGACCCCGAAUUUAAAGUUCCCGAUGACAUACAAGAGAGGCUGCUCAAAAAACUCCGCAACACACCUUUGAUUGGAGUGAUAGUCAUUAAGCACAGUGAUGGCGAAAUUGAGUGUUAUACUGACCCAAAUUUAAAAGAAUUUUCGUUGGACGGGGAAAUACAGCUUGCUGACGAUGAACAACUCAUAUUGAAAACUCGUGUUCGCAACGGAGAGGUGUCUUUUGAAGACGUUGCUGUACAGUUUAAGAAUGGAAACGUGCGUAUUCCGCAACACAUUAUCGAUGUUUUCAAAGCUCAAGAUAAAAAGGCUAAUGGUGAUCUGUACAUUAUUUCAAAUGGCUCGGAAAAUUUUCGAUGUGUAAUAAAAAGUGGAAUUGAUUUUAAAAAAGUGAUAAGAAUAGCAUUGGAAGAUCUAGGUCUUCCAUGUUUAAGUCACCGUUACUAAGUCAUUGGGUAAUGAUCAAGUAAAUCAAUGUCUGUUUUGAAGGCAGAGCAAAAGUCAGUCUGCGCCUUCCAACUGCAAGAACUUAUAUACCUCAAGAAAUAACUGCGGCUUUCAGCAAUCAAUCUGUCUUACUUGUUGUGAGUUUUGCAUAUAUAAAGAACAACUUAAUAUCAAUUAUGAUGACAUUAUUUCAUCGUAACGUCAUACAACUUAUUUUUCGCGAACUGUCCUUUUGAAAUGCUUAUCGAAAUCAAUCUUUAUCAGAUGUAAUUUAGCACAAGUACAAUGAUGAAGGUAUUUAGCUAUGUUCACAUUAUUAUGUAGACUUGCAUCGUUAUUUUAACUUCCUCUUUAAGUACUUGCGGUGUGGUAAAUUGUUACUCGAGGAUUCAAGAAUGGAAUUAUUAUAUAAACCAGAUACCAUUUCUCGUGCACGGGGCACUAAGAUUUCCUUGCCUUUUACUUAAUAACAAAUAAAAAGAUUGCAGUAA